AUGGACCGCCUCAAUAGCGCAAAGUCAUUGAGCGAUGCUUAUACACUUGCCGACCUUUUCGCCGACUGCGUCGAAUCCAUAAAUCUUAUCCAUGGGACCCACGAGGAGUCUCAUAGCGAGGAGAUCCUCACAUCACAGCUUGGUAUCGAACAAGCCCGUCUUCUGAUCUGGGGCGAUGCAGUUGGCAUCAGCUCGCCGCCAGCUUCGACAGGAAUCACCUCUGCCAUCCCGAAGCAUCCUGGCGCAUUAAACCCGGAACCUGAUAAGGCCUUGUACUUCGGAACCCGAGAUGCGCGACUUGAUGAUCCUCGCUUCAGACAACGCGUGGAAGAUUCAUUGUAUGCGAUCGCAAGUCCACUGACGCAUCUGACCAAAGUCAAGAUGUUGCAAACCUAUGGACUGGACCUUUUCAAGGGCUCGCCGAGAGUGCGCGAGAACCAUAUGCUGGCUCCCAACCCUUUCAGACUGCAAGCCUUUCGCGAGAAGUUGGAGCUGUUGCAAGAAGUUGUGACCGCGUUCCCUCACGCAAAGAUUCACAGACACAAUGGUGUGAACAAGAAAAUGGCCUGGCAGAUUAUGGACGUGGCCAAGGCUAGCGAGCUGUGCGCUCUGAUUCGCGAGAAAGUGGAUUAUCUUAUUCAACUUAUGGAUGUGCAAACAAGAGCUGAUAAGGCAAUGCGAUCCGACGUUCGUGCCAUGGGGUGGCAUCCCAGCGAAGAUAUGAAUGCAACAAUCCGCGACACGCUGAAGCUAUCACUUCUAGUCGAAGCUUCAGAAACACUGUAUCCUGAAUACAGUACUGCAGCGCAAGAAGCCAUGGACAAUGUCACCGAUCAAUGGAAAGGCAGUCACGGUUACGACGCCAUGAUGUCUGAGCAUCACAACCCCACCAUUCACAAGACGGCAUCUCACACGAUGCUCUCGCAACCUAUUCGUCCCUCGCAGGAAGCACCCAGACCAACCAUCUCGCCACCAAAAACACCGAAGAAAGGCAAGCUACUGGGUUCCCUGCGACCUAAGCUCACUCGCUUGUUUUCAGGAAAGAGCAUGGAGAAGCUGACUCCUGCUAUGGCCGACCCCUCGCGCUCAAGGUCUGAAAGCGGACCCAGCGGUGGUAACGGUGAGCCAUUGGAGGCCGUGCGUAGCAAGUCUUUGGCCAACGACGAUUUGACGCAUGUGCUUACGCAUACUGCUACGCUGGAAAGUAUGAUCAGUCGACACGACCAAUAUCCCGGCAUCGACAGGGUGGCGUCGUUGGAGUUGAGGAAGAAGUGA